UCCCAUAAGGGGCCAUUGACGUCUCUUCAAACCCUAGCUUCUCUUCUGUAAUGGAAUUCAAUUCUCCUAGUCAGAGAAAUUAUUAAGGUAUCAACUGUUCCUCCAUUGAAUCUCCUCUUCUUCCUCCUCCUCCUUUAAUUCAAUUCAUUGUUUUCUGUACUUCUCAUUACUUCAAUCUCUACCUACCUCUCUCCCUUCUCUUCUAUACAUAUUAAUUUGUAUCCUCCAUUCAUAGAUUCAACAGACAGACUAAUCUAUUCUUUCAGAUGUCUACAUUGGAAUCAACUCCAGAUCGAUGGAAAACGGUUUCUCAACAACAAAUCUAUUCAAUGAAGCUAAUUCAAGUUCUCCGUCGUACAGAUCGGCAUUUUACCGUCAGAGAAACUGCCGAUCGGCUUCUUGCUGUUUCCUCCGGUGGAAGGACUCGGUGGAGCAGAGCGAUACUUUCGAAUCGGCUCAGUUUGAACAUGAUGAACAACAGGCGGCGGCGGAGGCAUAAGAAAGUGAGAGUUUCUGGAGAAAUCCGAAUGAAGAAGAAGGAAGCUUUUGAUAGAAAAACUCGAGUUCUUGGAGAAUUGGUUCCUGGAUGCAGGAAGCUUUCGUUUUCUAGGCUUAUUGAUGAAGCUGAGGAUUAUAUUGCGGCUUUGGAAAUGCAAGUACGAGCAAUGAGCGCCGUUGCUGGAGUUCUUGCCGGAGCCGGCGCCGGAUCUUUACCGGCGGAUUCAGAUAAAUUAGGCUGUAAUAAUUAGCUAUAGAUUGGCUUUCCUUUCCUUUGUCAAUCAGUUUGCCACGCAAAAUGGCAUGUUGUUUUAUUUCUUCUAUUAUUAUUGUUUGUUCUAUAUUUUCUACUUUUAUUAAAAUAAAUUUAUUUAAUGUUUA